AGCUGUUCCUGUCCGACGAACAGAUUGAAAGAAUCCAUUCAUUUGAGGAGGAGUGUAUAGAAGAUAUGGAGAGAGAGAAAGAUAUUCGAAAACAAAGUUCGAACGAUGAACGAAUACACCGUACUGCUGAACGUUCGGAUCAAAUUUUGAACAGUCCCGUCCUCACCACAUUUAUUCCCAUUACCCCAGACGAACCUUCCUCAUCGAGGGAUGAACAUCGUUGGAAAACAUUGUACGGAACUGAUGUUCGAAACCUGGAUAUGGUUCUAAAGACGAUGGAAAGUCGAC